AUCUCAUACCAACUCGGCCCAAAAGGCCCAAAUACUCUGAGCUAAAACCCUAGAUCGCUCCCAACUGCCAUGCCAUAUAAUUCUAUCGCACCUCGCUCCCAUCUCUCUGCAGACAACCAUGGGUGCUUACACGUAUGUGUCGGAGCUAUGGAAGAAGAAGCAAUCCGAUGUGAUGCGGUUCCUGCUUAGGGUUCGCUGCUGGGAGUAUCGCCAGCUUCCCGCUGUUGUGCGCGUUACUCGCCCCACCCGCCCCGACAAGGCUCGCCGCCUUGGCUACAAGGCCAAGCAGGGAUAUGUGAUCUACCGAGUUCGUAUUAGAAGAGGUGGAAGGAAGAGGCCAGUCUCCAAGGGUAUUGUCUAUGGAAAGCCCACCAACCAGGGGGUUACCCAGCUUAAGUUCCAACGCAGCAAGCGAUCUGUUGCCGAGGAACGUGCCGGGCGGAAAUUGGGUGGUCUUAGGGUUCUGAGUUCUUACUGGAUCAAUGAGGACUCAACCUACAAGUACUUUGAAGUCAUAUUGAUUGACCCAGCUCACACCACUAUUCGCAAUGACCCAAGGAUCAACUGGAUCUGCAACCCAGUCCACAAACACAGAGAGCUCCGAGGUCUCACCUCUGCUGGAAAGAAGUACAGGGGUCUCAGAGGCAGGGGUCACUUGCACCACAAGGCGCGCCCAUCCAGGAGGGCCACAUGGAAGAGAAACCAGACCCUGUCCCUCCGUCGUUACCGCUGAUCUUGAAGUCCUUUUUCUUUCAGUGUAACAAGUUUAAGUCUGGUCCCUGUGUUACUAGUUUUUUUGACAAUCUUGAAGAAAUUUUGUGUUAUUCUGUUGAACAGCAUGUUUUUGUUGUUGAUUUCAAGACAUCAAAAUUUUCAUUUGAAACCUUUAUGCAGUGAUAGUUUAAUCCAAAA